GAUCUCUUCUUAAUCUCCACAUCUGUGCCAAGAGAGAGAAGCAAUAUGCUGGAAGGAUUUGUUUGAACAUGGAUAGUGUGUGUGGGAUCACCAGCCAAAUUUCAAACUAAUCUGGACAUGGAAUCAAUUACAUCUGUGGACCAAUUGUGUCAUCUCCUUGUAUGAAUAACCUUAUCCCCUUUUGAGCCUAAGUCAUGAGUUGGAUGUUUCUCAGAGACCUCCUAACUGGAGUGAAUAAAUACUCGACCGGGAUUGGGCGGAUUUGGCUGGCUGUGGUGUUCAUCUUCCGUUUGCUGGUCUACAUGGUGGCAGCAGAGCAUGUGUGGAAAGAUGAGCAGAAAGAGUUUGAGUGCAACAUUAAACAGCCUGGUUGUGAAAAUGUGUGUUUUGAUCACUUCUUCCCCAUUUCCCAAGUCAGGCUUUGGGCCUUACAACUGAUCAUGGUCUCCACACCUUCACUUCUUGUGGUUCUACAUGUAGCCUAUCGUGAAGGUAGAGAGAAAAGGCACAGAAAGAAACUCUAUGUCAGCCUAGGUAUGAUGGAUGGGGGCCUGUGGUACACUUACCUAAUCAGUCUCAUUGUUAAAACUGGUUUUGAAAUUGGCUUCUUGGUUUUAUUUUAUAAGCUGUAUGAUGGCUUUAGUGUUCCGUACCUUAUGAAGUGUGAUUUGAAGCCUUGUCCCAACACUGUGGACUGCUUCACAUCCAAACCCACUGAGAAAACAAUCUUCAUCCUCUUCUUGGUCAUUACCUCAUGCCUGUGCAUUGUGUUGAAUUUUAUUGAAUUAAGCUUUCUGGUUCUCAAGUGCCUUAUUAAGUGCUAUUUCCAAAAAUACUCUAAAACACUCAAGGCUUCAGUGUGUGAGUGCCACAACCUCAGAUAUGUUGAAUGUGGUGGGACAGGGGCUCCUCCCCUGCUCCAGAAUUGCCAUUCAGACUCAGCCAUAAGCACACCGCACACACCUGCACCCCCUCCCUUCCAAAGUAAAACAAAACUGCUUUGUGACACAAAAGAGGGUGAGCAAGGAGAAUCUACAUCCUUCCUGAGCAAGACCUAGACAGUCUUGGAAAACGAAGGGUGUCAACCUUAAUGUCAUUAGGGGAAAAAAGUUGUUUUUUUUUUAAAUUUUCAAUAUGUGCUCAGUUGUGUACACUGGACAGAGAUCUUAUUGUCAUAGGUUCAAGUGGGUAUGUGAGUUGUGUUUGAAUAGUUAGUUGCAAAUUAGUCUGAAAAAAUUCAGUGAACAGCAUUCUCUUACAUGCUUGAUCUGUCAACUGGAAAAUAUAGAAAGUGACAUUUCUGACAAAUGCAAUGCCCUCUAAACUGAGGUUGAGGCACUGGCAAUCUUUCCAGUGUGGCAGCCAAGGCUCCCCUCACUCAGCCCUACACAGUCUUUGCAGAGAAAGAGCACGGUGAGGGUGGGGUAGCAGCUAACCACGGCAAACAGAGGCGCACACUCAGUGAGAAGGCCUGGCCUGGGGAGAUGACCACAGAGCCCAGGCCUCUGCAGUUGAGGUCUCCCUGCAUAUAAGUGGACUAGGGAAGAGGGAAGAAAGCCAUAAUGUGUAGUCUCCAAGUUAAUACAAAUAUUACUGGCGCAUGUCCCACCUAAGCCUGAGCCUAGCAGAUACUGGAAAGGGUCACUCCCGUCAUACCAGAAGGCAGGUCCCUCCAACUACAUAGACAGGGAGCAGGUAGGACCAAAAAAAGGAACAUGCCCACUUGAUAAUUACUUACCCCUUCUCUUUUAACCACUGAACAUUGAAUACUUUAAGUGUCUGUAUUUAUUGGACCUUUUUUAUGAUCAGGAAUUCACAGUGUGCUAUACAAUAUGUCAUAGUUUGCCUAUAAUUUACUAGUAUAUUUCUCUCUAGAAUGGAUCAUAAAAUAUGUACUCUGCUGUUACACUGGUGUGAAAAAUGUAAGAAAAAUAAAGAUGCUUAUUAUUACUUGAUUUGGAGCCUAGCUCUUACAUUAUUUUUAAAAGAUCAUAGAUAUACUAUCUUUGUAUUUAAUACUAUAAUAGAUGUGUAUUUCUCCAGAAUAAAAAUGAAGUGGUUUUGUUGUUA